AACAUCAUAACCUCUGUGACCUUCGCAUUCAUCUCGUAUCUCUGCCGCAGUUGUCAACCGGGUCCAUAAAUAUUUACCGUGCAUAAAAUGUGAGAAAUGUUCUCGGGAAGUGAUUCCACCGAGUCGCAGAACUACACGCAAUGGCCCCUGAAUGCGUCCGCGUAUCAGAGCAUGCAGAACGAGCAAGUCGACUGGGCGGCGUUGGCCCAUCAAUGGAUCAAGAUGAAGGAGGCAGGGCCGCCGCUUCCGGACAAGUUGCUGACGGCGCCGCCUCCGCCGGUGAUCAGCACGCCGUCGACAACCAAAGGCGAAGCGCCCAUGGACGUUGAAAACGACUCAGACUCGAAUAACAUGGGUUCUGAUUCGAAUGAUGGUCCAAACUGGAGCAGCCAACAACAACAAGCACCUAAUAAUUGGAAUUCAUGGGGUGGCAGUGCUUGGCCACCUACCAUUUCGUCUUUACCUAUGAAUAAAGCACCUUUGCUUCCAACUCCUGCUUAUAAUGCUUAUACAACAAGUACAACUUCAAAAGACGAGCAAUUUAGUGGUAAUACAGGAUAUUGGUCUGGAAAUGGCAGCCCGAAUGCACGAUCUUCUUCAGCAGCGCCUAGAAUAAUGAAACCGCAUAACAAACGCUUUAGUAAAGUGAAUAUUCCGCUUAAAACAGCCCCACAUCCACCACAUCUAACUUCGAGUGUGAAUACCUAA